AUGCCGUUUAGUGCGUGCACGCACCGGGGUCACCGCGUCCGGAGUCCGACAAACAGCCCUGAAGUUGCGUCCGGGACCAUGUCAAGCCCUUUGAGAUCUGAAGUGGUUCGUCUGUAUAAAAAUCUUUUGCACCUUGGCCGGGAGUAUCCCAAAGGAGGAGACUACUUCAGAGACCGCCUGAGAGCUGCGUUUGCCAAAAACAAGUCCGUCCAGGACCCAGAGAAGAUCAAGGAGAUGAUAGCCAGAGGGGAGUUCGUGGCCCGGGAGCUGGAAGCAUUGUACUACCUCAGGAAAUACAGAGCCAUGAAGCAACGCUAUUACGAGGACAAAUAA